AAUUGUCAAUCUGUUACACCAACGGCAAUGUUUUCUUAAAGCUGAUCUCUGCGGUCUAAAUUUUCCCUUUCGUUCACGUUGUUGUUGUGUUGUUGUUGUUGUUGUUGUUGUUGUUGUAAGCUCAAAAAUAAAAUUCUGGAGAAAUGGAUUCCACCGGGGCACAGCCAACUAAAGUCUGCCACGUAGUGGCCAUGCCCUAUCCCGGUCGAGGCCACAUCAAUCCGAUGAUGAACCUCUGCAAGGUACUGGUUUCCAAAAACAAAAACAUCCUCGUUACCUUCGUCGUCACCGAAGAGUGGCUUAGCUUAAUCGGCUCAGAAGCCAAGCCCGAUAACAUACGCUUCAGCUCCAUUCCUAAUGUUGUCCCUUCGGAGCGUGUCCGAGCCGCCAACAUGACAGCGUUCUUCGACGCCGUGAUGAGUCAAAUGGAAGCUCCGUUCGAGAGGCUUUUGGAUCGGCUUGAGCCACCGCCAAGUGUUAUUUUGGCUGAUACUUACCUGCUGUGGGCAGUUGGAUUGGGGAACCGGAGGAACAUCAGAGUGUCGUCGUUUUGGCCAAUGUCAGCCUCCAUGUUCUCGAUUUUUCAACAUUUGGUGAAAGGGAAGGAACGCGAGGACUACAUUCCAGGAGUUUCUUCAACACGAUUAAUAAUUGACCUUCCUAUCUUUAUAGCAGGAAUAAAUCCACAAGUACUACAGCAUAUCCUUGAUACUUUCUCUCGGUUGCCUAAAGCACAGUGUCUCACAUUCCCAUCCACCUACGAGCUUGAACACCAAAUCAUUGAUGCUCUGAGAGCUGAAUUCUCAAUUCCAAUUUACACUAUUGGCCCUGUAAUACCUUAUUUCCAAGUAGAAGACAAGCUAUCUCCAAGUACCCACCAAGCUGAUCCACUCAACUACAUAGAGUGGCUAGAUUGCCAGCCACCAAACUCUGUUUUGUACAUCUCAUUUGGAAGCUUUAUGCCAGUUUGUAGUGCCCAAAUGGAUGAAAUGGCUGCUGGUUUGAAGAAGAGUGAGGUUAGGUUCUUGUGGGUGGCUCGUGGCGAAACCGAGAGGUUGAAAGAGGAAUGUGGUGGGGAUAAGGGACUGGUGGUGCCCUGGUGUGAGCAACUGAGGGUUCUGUGCCAUGAUUCUGUUGGGGGGUUUUUGAGCCAUUGUGGGUGGAAUUCUAUCCAAGAAGGUAUUUUUGGUGGAGUUCCUUUUCUUGCUUUGCCAUUGAACAUUGAGCAACGCAGUAAUGCUAACUUAGCGGUGGAGGAUUGGAAGGUUGGGUGGAGGGUGAAGAAGGAUGUUGAUAACGUUGGGAAAGGUUUGGUGAAAAGAGAGGAAAUUGCAGAUUUGGUGAAAGGGUUUAUGGAUUUCAAAAGUGAUGAAGGGAAAGAAAUGAGGGGAAGAGUAAGAGAGCUUCAGAAGAUAAGUCAUGACGCUAUUGCACAAGGUACUGGAUCAUCUGAAGCCAACAUCAAUGCCUUCAUUAGAGACGUUUGCCAAUGUUAAAGCAAAAUUUCAAGAAUUGUGCUGUUGUCAUUCUAGAACUAUCUCAAUUCUAUAGCCGUUCAAUUCUGCAAAAUGUUAAUUUGUAUUAAUACAGUAAAACCUCUUUAAAGUCAUAUUUUAUAUUUGAAUAAUUUCUAUAU